CCCCGCUUUAAAGACACUCUUCUUAAGGAAACUCCCCGCUAUAAAGACACAUUUUUUCCCCAGAACAUGGUGCCCCGCAGAUGUACAAUAAUAUAGGGGGGUAGCGUUUCCACUAUGCGGCCCCCCCCCCAAAUUUUUGCUGGGGCAGCAAAUUUGUAAGGCAUUGUAACAUCGACAGCGGUCUGCUGCAGCCCGCACUACUGCGUGUGGGUAUGGAGAGAUCCCUCCCAUCUGCUGGCGGGUCGUCAGCUGCCGGCUUGAGGCCAUGUGGCGAACCCACGUGCCAGCAAAAGUCUCAACUCGUGUCAGCGGUUCACCAGUGCCCGUGCGGGCGAUCCAUGCACGCGUUUUGUGGUCGGGGCAUCGGAGAGGAAGGCUACGGACAGCAGAGAGAGUGCUCGGAUUGCCAGAAGAGCAAAGGUGGAGACCAGGCUGGCAGCAGCAGCAGUCCCAUGGAAGUGGUCAAGAAGAUGUCCUUGCCGGAGAGUGCCAAGGACUUGGACGCUAGGUCCAUGCCGCGAGUGUUGUCGGACAACUUGCUCGUCGAGAGCACCUCCGGCCUCACUGAACAAGAAGUGCGGAUCGCAGUGAGCACGUGGCUUAGUGUAGAGGACGAUGAAGAGGUCUUGAGGGAAGAGGUAGAACUCGAGAUGGAAGAGGUAACGGAGAACAUGUCAAGAGUACACGUCGAAGACGACGUGUCCAGUGAAGAGGAAGACCAGGACGGUAGGCAAGAGUCGUGCAUGACAUCUACGAUUUCAGAGGCCGAGGUUCGCUCUCGUCUCGAGGAUGUCCGCUCCUAUUUGUACGCGAACGGAAGAGACGGCGAGUACAGCGAAACGGUGUACCUUCUUUCGAAGACUGUGCAUUCGUUCACUCAUGAAACUCAAGUCAAGCGAAGAACGAAGGAGGGGGGUGAGGUGCAGGCGACUCUUCGGGAUGUGUGGGCGACGUAGUUUUUGGUGUUUGAGGACAACACACUUGGCAGCCCACAUUCAUUGUUUGGGAUUUUUUUGCCUUUCUCGUGGAGUUAAAUUUUGGCAUUUUUUGUUUUGUGUUUUUGCCUCGUGUUGACCUUUGGGGAAUAGCGGUGUUCUCUUUUCGGUGGGUUUGCCCGAUUUUUUGUAUGUUGUGGUCUGCGCUACCGACCGUUUCCUAGUGUCCCUCAGAUCCCUCUAAGGGGUCGACUGGGUUUGUUUGGUCCCUAUGUGGCAGGUAACUUGCGUGUAUCGUAU